AAAAAGCCAGGCAUUGUGGUGAGCGCCUGUAGUUCCAGCUACCUGGGAGGCCAUGACAAGAGAAUCACUUGAGUUUGCUGAGUCUGAGGUUGCUGUGAGCUAUGACCAUGGCACUGUACCAGGGGGCUACAAAGUGAGACUCUAUCUCAAAAAAACAAAACAACAACAACAAAAAAAAAACAAUGAUCAUCUCGUUCAAAGCAUUUACUGAACUGUUUCGUUGGGAUGGUAAAUCUUUUUUUUUAAUUCUAGAAAUAUUUUUGUGGCACUCUUGAAUCUUCUCAGAUACCUUUAUUUUUUAUUCAAGUUUUCAACUGUUUCCUAGCUUCUCCUGGUUAUAUAUUUCAUUCAUACUGACAUAACUCUGGCUGCUGGCCCCCAUUUGGUAAAUUCUUACUACAACGGGCCUAUGGAUGGUGAAAGGGGAAGUGGUCUCUACCUCUGUAGGCUGUGGGAUGUGUGUAAGUUGGCAAGAAGGCUCCCCACUCUUUUGACUCUUUCUUCUUGUCCAUUCUCAGGAGCAGGAAGGGCUCAGGCCACUCACUAAGCUCCAUUUGAGCCUCUUGUAAGCCAGAGACACCUGCCCUAUUCCCCUGAGACAGACACUGUCUCAUCAAUUUCCAUAGAGUCCGGCCGUCCAUGCCGCGGUGGCCUAGGCGGUCCCUCCCCAGGAUCUGGGAUUGUCACCCUGACCACAGAGCCAGGACCGCGCAGCGCCGCCUAGAGCGGAGGACGGACGGACGCCCGGCCGGGAGCCAAGAACAUGUUAGCCGUGCACUUUGACAAGCCGGGAGGACCGGAAAACCUCUACGUGAAAGAGGUACCGAAGCCGAGCCCGGGGAAGGGUGAAGUCCUCCUGAAGGUGGUGGCCAGCGCCCUGAACCGAGCGGACUUAAUCCAGAGACAAGGCCAGUAUCCCCCACCCUCAGGAGCAAGCAGCAUUUUGGGACUAGAGGCAUCUGGACAUGUGGCAGAACUUGGGCCUGGCUGCCAGGGUCACUGGAAGAUUGGGGACCCAGCCAUGGCUCUGCUGCCAGGGGGUGGCCAGGCUCAGUAUGUCACUGUCCCUGAAGGGCUUCUCAUGCCUAUCCCAGAGGGACUGUCCCUAACCCAGGCUGCAGCCAUCCCAGAGGCCUGGCUCACUGCCUUCCAGCUGUUACAUCUCUUGGGAAACGUGCAGGUUGGAGACUCCGUGCUAAUCCAUGCAGGAUUGAGUGGUGUGGGUGCAGCUGCCAUCCAGCUUACCCAGAUGGCUGGAGCGAUUCCUCUGGUCACAGCUGGCUCCCAGCACAAGCUUCAAAUGGCAGAAAAGCUUGGAGCAGCUGCUGGAUUCAAUUACAAAGAAGAGGAUUUUUCUGAAGCAACACUUAAAUUCACCAAAGGUGCUGGAGUUAACCUUAUUCUAGACUGCAUAGGUGGAUCCUACUGGGAGAAGAAUGUCAACUGCCUGGCUCUUGAUGGUCGCUGGAUUCUCUAUGGUCUGAUGGGAGGAGGUGACAUUAGUGGGCCCCUGUUUUCAAAGCUACUUUUUAAACGAGGAAGUCUGAUCACCAGUUUGCUGAGAUCUAGGGACAAAGAGUACAAGCAAAUGCUGGUGAAAACGUUCACGGAGCAAAUUCUGCCCCACUUCUCCAUGGAGGGCCCCCAGCGUCUAUGGCCAGUUGUAGACAGAGUCUACCCGGUGACCGAAAUUCAAGAGGCUCAUAAGUACAUGGAGACUAACAAGAACGUGGGCAAAAUCGUCGUGGAGCUGCCUCAGUGAAGGAGCAGGGGUAGUACAGGACACGGCCACCCCAAGGCUUUCCAGAGCAAAUAUGGGGAAGAUUCACAGCAGGCCAGAUGCCACUCCCACGUCCGCCUUAGUAGUUGGUCGGUGUAAAGCCUAACAAAAUAAAAGAUUGGACCUUA